GUCACCACUGCAUGCUAAAGAACUAAAGCUUCCCUGAGUACUUGGAGCCAGGAAAGAAGCAUGAAGUGGCUUGUGCUCCUCGGGCUGGUGGCCCUCUCAGAGUGCAUAGUCAUUUUGCCUCUAAGGAAAGUGAAGACCUUGCGAGAAACCCUGAGGGAAAAAAACUUGCUGAACAAUUUCCUGGAGGAACGAGCUUACAGACUAGUCAAGAAUGACUCCAAAACAGCUAUUCUCCCCCUGAGAAACUUUCUGGAUAGUGCCUACGUGGGGACCAUCACCAUUGGAACACCCCCUCAGGAGUUCCACGUCCUCUUUGACACAGGCUCAGCUGACUUGUGGGUGCCUUCCAUCACUUGUGAAAGUCCAGCCUGUAAAACACACAACACCUUCAAUCCUCAAAAUUCUUCCAGCUUCAGGGAAGCAGGCCGGCCUGUCACCAUCUACUAUGGAUCUGGGAUAAUUCAAGGAUUUCUUGGCUCUGACACCAUUCGGAUUGGGAACCUGGUUAGCCUUGAACAGUCGUUUGGCCUAAGCCUGGUGGAAUACGGGUUUAAUUUUGUACCCUUUGAUGGCAUCCUGGGCUUGGCAUUUCCCACCAUCAGCAUCGAAGGUACCAUCCCCAUCUUUGACAACUUGUGGUCCCAAGGUGCCUUUUCUGAGCCUGUCUUUGCCUUCUACUUGAGCAAAAGCAAGCCAGAAGGCAGUGUGGUGAUGUUUGGUGGGGUGGACCACCGCUACUACAAGGGAGAGCUCAACUGGGUACCAGUGUCCCAAACUCGCCGCUGGCAGAUAAGCAUAAACAGCACCACCAUGAACGGGAAUGUUGUUGCUUGUUCUCAUGGAUGCCAUGCCACAUUGAACACUGGGACAUCAGUGAUCUAUGGCCCAACAGAAAUGGUCACCAACAUCCACAAGCUCAUGAACGCCAGGCCCGAGGGUUCUGAGUAUGUGGUUUCAUGUGAUGCAGUCAACACCCUGCCUCCUGUCAUCUUCAACAUCAAUGGCAUCGACUAUCCACUGCCCCCUGAAGCCUACAUCAUCAAGAUUCAAAACUCCUGCCGUAGCAUCUUUCAAGGGGGCACAGAAGCUAGCUCUCGAGACACCUGGGUCCUGGGUGAUGUCUUCCUGAGGCAGUACUUCUCGGUUUUUGAUCGAAAAAAUAAAAGGAUUGGCCUGGCUCCGGCAGUGUAAAUGCUUGGACUGGUUCAGGAAUCAAUCAGGCCUCUCCUAACACACACUCGCUCUCACUAGGGCACUUCUCCCCAGCGAUGCUGGUGAACUGUGUUUGGUGCUCUGCAAACCCUAUUCUCAGUAAUGAAUAAAAAGUUUCACUUUUAAUGGUGCUAAAA